AUGGCGCAGUCUACUCUCUCGCCGCCGCAGUCCCCCGUCUCCUCGACAUCACGCGAAAGACCUCUCCAAAUCAACCGAGCAAACACCGCCCCGGAGAAGAUGUCAGUGAAUGGGCACCUUGCGUCUGUAGGCCAGAACGGGACGGCAGAUUUUGAACAUGGUGUCCAAGUCGUUGACGAGGACAAGCAGUUCAACCCUGAUCUGGGCAAGUAUCUCAGCUACUCCGGAGUUUCCCAUGCCGGGUUCAACUAUCAUCUCAUCUCCGUCUUCGGAUCGCAGUCAACCGGCAAGUCCACCCUACUCAAUGCUCUCUUCGAGACCGAUUUCUCCGUCAUGGCCGAGUCAGAAAGACGCCAAACUACUAGAGGGAUAUGGCUGGCGAAAAACAAAUCUGCAUCGACGGAGAUGGCGGACAAUAUCCUGGUAAUGGACGUCGAAGGAACAGACGGUCGGGAACGAGGGGAAGACCAAGACUUUGAACGCAAGAGCUCUCUAUUUGCGUUGGCCACCAGCGAAGUGCUGAUGGUCAAUAUCUGGGAGCAUCAGGUCGGAUUAUACCAGGGCGCCAAUAUGGGAUUGCUGAAGACGGUCUUUGAAGUCAACCUCCAACUGUUUCUCAAGGACAGAAAGUCCACCUCGCGGAGCUUGUUAUACUUUGUCAUUCGAGAUUUUCUUGGGACGACACCACUGCAGAAUCUGCGCAAUACGUUGAUGCAGGACAUGGGGAGGAUAUGGUCCAGUUUGUCCAAGCCUCCGGGGUUGGAGAAGAGCAGCAUUGACGACUACUUCGAUUUUGCUUUUACUGCUCUGCCACACAAGCUAUAUCAACCAGAGCAGUUUAAGGCUGAGGUGGCGAAGAUGGCAACACGGUUCAGGGACGGUCGUCGCGACCGCCGAAGAGAUGCAUUGUUGGGCGAAUUUGACGGUGGUAUAUUUCUCCCAGAAUAUCACCGGCGGAUACCCGCGGACGGCUUCUCCCAUUACGCCGAAGGUAUCUGGGAUCAGAUUGUGAAUAACAAAGACCUCGAUCUUCCGACCCAGCAAGAACUCCUGGCCCAGUUCAGGUGCGAUGAGAUAAUGAGAGAAGUCAUGAUCCCUUUUGACGAGGCGAUCACCCCACUCGAGACAAAACAAGCAGACGCUGCAAGAAUGGGCGCAGCCGAACCUAUAUCUGGAUUAGGUGCUGCUAUGAAGGAAGCGCGAACAGAUGCCAUCAAGAAUUUCGAGACUGAAGCAAGUAGAUACCACAAGGGUGUUUAUCAACGGAAACGGACGGAGCUCGAGAGCAAGAUUGACACCAGGCUGAAGGCGCUUUUCGCUGGGCAACUUUCAGCAGCGCACAAACAGGGCGUUCAACAGUUCUCGGACGCGGUCAGUUCCGCGGUCAAGGCUGGGCAGAAGAAAGGGGCGUCGUACGAUUUCGCUGAAAUCGUAACAGAACAGAAGAAGAUCGCGCUCGAUAACUUUGCUUCCGUUGGGAAAGAGGUCGCGAUCGAGGGGUUGCCUUGGUCUGACUAUAAACAAGAAAUGGCUCUGUACCAGAAAGAACUCGACAAGAUCUCAGGUCAGCUGCGACGGGACGAAAUCCGUCGACUUGCAACCAGGGUUGAAAGAUGGGUCAGGAGCAAACUCAAUGACAGCGUCGGCUUGGAGUUCAAUGCUCUUGGGUCCGGCCGCGGUGGCUCUGGUGCUCCCGAGCAGGGAGAUCGUCCUCAGGAAAAGGGCAUUUGGGACCGAAUCUGGUCUUUGUUCGUCGCCACUGUGAAGGAUGCUGAGAAGCGCUUCGCUGACCGAGCCGCUUCCUUUGACGCUAGCGCCGAAGAAGUUGAGGUCGGCAUCUGGCGCCUCAGAAGGAAAGCCUGGGGCGUACUACGUUCUAAGAUUGACGAAGAAAUGAUGGAAGGUAAUCUCUUACUGAAGCUCCGAGAGAACUUUGAGGACAAAUUCCGAUACGACGAGGCGGGCGUUCCGCGGAUCUGGCGUCCAACCGACGACAUUGAGGGCAUUUAUACCCGGGCUCGAGAAAGUACCCUAACUCUGAUACCUCUCCUCGCCCGCUUCCGGCAUUCAGAGACCGGAGCUCCACCACCUCUUGACCGGUGGAUCGGACCUACUCCUGCAGCAGCCACGGCGGCUGAUGAGGAAGAUCUGACUCCCAUUGGUGGCGUCGACGAGGAAGAGGGAAAGAGUCUGGAAGAGGAGACGACAAUCCUCAAUGAGGCCAAACGGCAGGACUUGACUGUUAGAUUCAAGAAGGCCGCUGAUGGUGUUUAUGUCGAAGCCAAGCGUAGUGCGAUUGGUGGUAUGACACAGGUGCCCCUUUACUUCUACGGUCUCUUGCUGGCACUGGGUUGGAACGAGAUCGUUGCUGUUCUUCGCAAUCCCGUCUACUUUAUGUUCCUUAUUAUCCUCGCCAUCGCCGCUUAUGUCACUUACACCCUGAAUCUGUGGGGCCCGAUGUUCAAGAUGGCAAAUGCGGCGUCCCAACAAGCCUUGGAAGAGGGCAAAAAGCGGCUUCGAGAGUUUUUGGAGGAAAACCCCACGGCGAGACACGCUGUGGCAAUGUCAACCGGCCGCGAUGAGUACGAAAUGAGCAAUCUGAGCUCGACUGCAAGGUCGAGGAAGGUGAAGACCGAUGGCGCGGAUGACGAGGAUGUUGAUGAUAUUUAG